UUUUGGUGUUUGAAAAAAUAAAUUUUAUUUGAUAGAAUUAACGAAAGAUAUAGAAAAGUACUAACAUUCCUUUACCUUACAGUUAAUAAGUGUGAAUUCGAUAAUAUAGAUAGAUAACACACAACAGAUAUUGAAAGGGUGGAUGUAUUCUUUCUCACUCAUACAAAGAAUUAUUUACGAACCGGUAUAUAAAGUUUUUUUCGGACAUCGAUAGAUUCGUAGAAUGUUAAUACUCUUGGAUUUAAAUUAAUAUAUUAUAUCAUGUUUGCAAAUAUACAACCAAAUGUGGUAGAGCCUAUGCAAGUUGAUGUUCCGGCAGAAGAUAAUGACAAUGCCGAAGAAGAACCAUAUAUCGUUGAAAAUCCAACAUUGGAUUUGGAAGUUUACGCCAAUAGUUAUACCGGUCUUGCCAAAUUAUAUAGGCUCAUGUAUAUAGCAGACCAUUGUCCUAUGUUAAGAGUAGAAGCAUUGAAGAUGGCAAUUGCUUAUGUGAUGACUACUUAUAAUGUUAAUCUUUAUACAAAUUUACAUAAAAAGCUUCUUCAAUGUACUGGUUCCUCUGGAUUACCAGACAUUGCGGCACAAUCAACUUCUCAAGAUAUGCUAACAAUAGAUCAAAUGUGGCUAGAAUCACGUACUAAAAAGGCCGCUUUAAAAUUAGAAAAAUUUGAUACAGAUCUCAAAAAUUAUAAAAGUAAUUCAAUCAAAGAAAGCAUAAGAAGAGGUCAUGAUGAUUUAGGUGAUCAUUACUUAGAUUGUGGUGAUCUUGUCAAUGCUUUAAAAUGUUAUUCUAGAGCACGAGAUUAUUGUACCAGUGGCAAGCAUGUUGUUAAUAUGUGCUUGAAUGUAAUUAAGGUUUCAGUUUAUUUACAAAAUUGGUCGCACGUGCUUAGCUAUGUAACUAAGGCUGAAAGUACACCAGAUUUUCCAGAUCUUCACAGCAAAGACAACAAUCAGGCUAUAAUUACAAAAUUAAAGGUUGCAGCUGGACUAGCAGAAUUAGCUACAAGACAAUAUAAAAUGGCUGCAAGACAUUUUCUUCAGGCAUCAUUAGAUCAUUGUGACUGUCCAGAUUUACUUUCGCCUGGAAAUGUAGCACUUUAUGGAGGCCUUUGUGCAUUGGCUACUUUUGAUAGACACGAGUUACAAAAACAAGUUAUAUUUAGUAGUUCAUUCAAAUUAUUUCUAGAACUGGAACCACAACUAAGAGAUAUUAUUUUCAAAUUUUAUGAAUCAAAAUAUGCGUCUUGUUUAAAAUUACUCGAUGAGAUAAAGGAUAAUAUACUUCUAGAUAUUUAUAUAGCACCACAUGUAAAUGUUUUGUACACACAAAUCCGAAAUAGAGCAUUGAUCCAAUACUUUAGCCCAUAUUUAAGUGCUGACAUGAGACGAAUGGCAACUGCAUUUAAUAGAACAGUCCCAGAAUUAGAAGAUGAAUUAAUGCAACUUAUUCUUGAUGGACAAAUUCAAGCUCGUAUUGAUUCUCACAAUAAGAUUUUAUAUGCGAAAGAUGUUGAUCAACGGAGUACAACGUUUGAAAAAUCUAUUGGCGUUGGUAAAGAAUAUCAAAGACGUACACGCAUGUUAAUUUUGAGAGCAGCUAUGUUAAAAAAACAAAUUCAUGUAAAGAGUCCACAGCGUGAUAAUACGCAAGGAGGAGAAAUGUCAGUAGCACCUGCAAAUAGCAGUUUAGCUCAAAGAAAUUGAAAUACUCUAUACGUUCAGAUCUUGAUUGGUUUACUUCUAUAUCCAUAUUGAAUUUUUCUGGUCAUCUAAGAUAUAAUGUAAUUUGUUAUAGUUAUAUUCAAUGAUUUUAUGCCAGUGUACCUCAAUUUUCAAAAUAAAGAAUGUAUAUAAGUAACAUGAUAUUAUAUAUAUGUA